UUAUUGUUUAGUGAACUGGAUCAACCUCAACCAAACCAUCAACUUUUGCUGGUAGUCGAGUACGUGAGUACAUAUAUGAGAACUGAAAGCUUGUACAAAAUGUUAUCAAAUAAAGUUCUAGUUUUAUCAUGUUCAAAGUUCCUCUCCAGGAGCCUUUGUACAUCGGCAAUAAAUAGAAACAACAUCAAGUAUGAUAGCCUAAAACCCAGGCUUGAUACAAUGCUAAAGGAUGGUGCUUUUAAAGGAAAAGUUGCGUUUAUCACAGGUGGAGGAACUGGGCUUGGCAAGGGAAUGGCAACAACGUUAUCUUCCUUAGGUGCUGAGGUAGUGAUUGUAAGCAGGAAGUUGGAUGUUCUUCAAAAAACAGCCGAUGAAAUAUCAGAAAAGACAGGAAACAAAGUCCAUGCAUUCUCCGUCGAUGUACGUGACCCAGAGGCUGUGUCCGCAGCUGUUGACAAUUGCGUUGAAGUGGCUGGCUUACCUCAAGUGGUUAUCAAUAACGCUGCAGGAAACUUCAUAUCUCCAACAGAGAGGUUGUCGCCAAACGCCUGGAAGACGGUUGUCGACAUAGUCCUCAACGGUACAGCUUAUGUAACGCUAGAUAUCGGAAAAAGGCUUAUCAAGGCUAACCAAGGUGCUGCCUUUCUGUCAAUCACUACGACUUAUACAAAUUAUGGAUCUGGCUUUGUAUCACCAAGUGCAGCUGCCAAGUCAGGCGUAGAAGCACUAAGCUUAUCAUUAGCAUCUGAAUGGGGCCGUUAUGGCAUGAGAUUCAACGUAAUUCAACCAGGUCCAAUCGAAACUAAGGGAGCAUUUAGCCGAUUAGACCCUACAGGUAAGUUUUCAGCAGAGAUGUUGAAACGUAUUCCACUUGGUCGGUUAGGUGAGGUUGCCGAAAUUGGAAACUUAGCAGCAUACAUGGUUAGCGAUUAUACAAGCUGGAUGAACGGUGCCGUCAUUUGUCUCGAUGGAGGUGACAUGACCUACGGCUCGGGAAUGUUCAAUAAAUUGACAGAAGUUACCAGUGAUCAGUGGGACAUGAUGGCAAAAAUGAUAAAACAGGUCAAGGGGUCAUGAGCUCAGAAGUUCACAGGUUAUAGAGAGUAUAUAGUUAUGUCGUCAGAAUGAAGAUAGAGUGCUAAUAGAAAAACUUGUUUUCGUGUCAAAAUAUUGCAUUUAACAAAGAUUCUCCGGGUCAAUGCUGCAGCAUACUUUUGUGUUUCUACUCAUGAGGAAUUAAAUAAUAAUUAUAUAAUUGUAUUUAAUGUUUAUUUUUUAAUAUAAUUAUUUCUUUAAAAAAUAUGAUGCCUAUUUUUGGGAUAUAAUAAACUUGAACAAUAUGAAUCAAUAUUUUCUGUGUUUAGUAGGUUUAUGUAACUACAUUCAAUUAGAAUUAGAAUGAGAAAGGGACCUUUUCAAGAUUAAAUCAAAUUUAUUGUAUGUAAUACGAAGUAUAUAAACAGAACAUUGAAUUUCCUGGCAAGAUCUAAAAGGUAGAAAAGAAAUUUAUAUAAACACCAUGUUACAAUGCCAAUAAAAAUACAGUCUUAGAAAUAGACAUCAAAUACUAAAAGGAGAAAAAAAUCGUGAAGAAACUUUAAAAACGAGCAACAUUUCUAAGAUCUGUAAAACUGUUAAAACUCUGUUAAAAUUACGAGAUUGAAUUAAAACCUACUUGCACAUUAAUUAAAAAGAUGGAUUCUAUUUGGCACAAAUGAGUUUCUAUAUCUACAAUGCGAUGUUCUUGGGGGAAAAAUUCUGAUGCCUAAUCUGCUAAUCUGUUGUAAUUGUAAGCAGAGUGUAGAGAAUGUGUCGGAUCUUUCAUUAUCUAAUGUAAUUUAAUGGCCACAGAUUUUUAAUAUAUUGAUGGUAUUUUUGUAAGGUCAGCAGUAUUAAGUAUUAUUUUCCGCUAAGCCCCGCUCCUUGGAUAUUGUUGCUAGGUCCCACAAAACCACAGCGUAAACGUACCAGUACAUAAAAACAUGUGGUCUGUAGUGAUAACCCUUUUGUUUAUGGGACAAGCGCGUAUUCUUGGCCCUGUUCUGAUUGGACAGUUAAGUUUGAUUGGCACUCCUUAAAGGUUCAUAAACAGGUAAAUAAAUAAUACUACUGUUCCAAUUGCUAAGACAUUAACAUUUUGGCUGGUAA